GUUACUUUGACUGAUAAACGCCCGCCGCCCGCGCUUCAUUACAGGAGUGUAUAUUUUAGAUCAUAUACAACAGGAAAUAUAAACUCCUAUUAAAGCUUUUCUGCUCAUAACAUAACUUUAGUCUUGUUUUAACCAGUGUGAGGGUUUGAAGCCCUUGUGUUUUUGAAGUGUAAACUUUUUUCAUAUAAUAUCAAGAAUAAUGGAAGACUUAAGUUUUAUACCGGAUCUCCCGAGCGGGCCCCUAGAUGUAUAUAGGAAUGGAGCUUCGUUCAACUGGAAGCGACUUAAAUUGGCCCUUGAAGGAGACAUUGAUUUAUUGAAACUGAAGUACAAAAUAUGGCGUACGCUAGAAAAGGAUCCUCUCUUUGCUCAUCACCCUGUUACACCUCCACUGGAAGAACAGAAGAGAAUAACUCAGUUGCAAUUAAAGAAGAUCAACGAAUACAAAUUCAUUCCCAAGGAAAUGUUCAACGCGAGUUAUAGCAAACGGACACGGACAAUAAUGACAAUAAACGAGGCGGUCCAAUCCCUAAAUCCAAGUGUUUCUGUGAAGAUGGCCAUCGGUAUAUACCUGUUCUCAAACGCACUCCUCUCAUUGGGGACAGAGAGACACCUGAAGUUUUACGAAGCGACGAUAAAGCAUAGAGAGAUAUUAGCAAGUUUCGCGCUGACGGAGAUCGCGCACGGGUCGGACGCGCGGCUCAUGCGCACGACCGCCACGUACGACCCCUCCACCAAGGAGUUCGUCGUGCACACGCCAGACUUCGAGGCGGCUAAAUGCUGGGUUGGUAAUCUAGGUAGAACAUGUACCCAUACCCUACUGUUCGCGCAGCUGAUCACACCAGAUGGCACCAACCACGGGCUUCACGGAUUCGUCGUGCCUAUCCGAAACCCGGACACCUUGGAAACGUAUCCUGGUCUCACUGUUGGCGAUAUGGGGGAGAAGAUUGGCGUCAAUGGCAUUGACAACGGAUUCAUAAUGUUCAACAACUACAGAAUACCGCGGGAAAAUCUCCUCAACAGAACGGCGGAUGUCACCGAAGAUGGCACCUACGAGAGCUCCUUCUCGGAGCCGUCCAGGAUACUCGGAGCGGCGUUGGAGAAUUUAUCAGCAGGUCGCAUCGGCAUCAUGCAGGAGAGCUGCCAGUCGCUGGCCAGCGCCGUGAGCAUCGCGGUGCGCUACGCCGCCACGCGCACGCAGUUCGGCGAGCGCGGCCGCGAGACGCCGCUCAUCGAGUACCCGCUGCACCAAUGGCGUCUGUUCGGUCACGUCGCUGCGGCGGUUAUCUACCGGUUGUAUAUCGGUAAAUUCACAUACGUGUACCUGAAUAUGGUGGAGAAAUCGAACGCCGGACACCGAGUGGAUAAUUUGAGCGAGGCGGUGUCGGAGAUCCACGCCAUGGUGUCGAGCAGCAAGCCGCUGCUGACGUGGGGCGCCCUGCGAGCCGCGCAACAGGCACGGGAGGCCUGCGGCGGGCACGGGUACCUCAAGAGCUCCAACCUGGGCGACAUCCGCAGCAACCACGAGCCCACGGUGACGUACGAGGGCGACAACAACGUGCUGUCGCAGCAGGCCGGCAACUGGCUGCUCCGCCAGUACGAGGCGGCGCGCGCGGGCGCCGACGUGGACGCGCCGCUGGCGUCCGUGGCCUUCCUGCGCGACCUGCCGCGCCUGCGCGCCGCCGCCUUCCGCGCCGCGCGCACCGCCGACCUCAAGACGCCCGACUUUAUAAUUUCGACCUACAGAUGGCUUCUGUGCUGGUUAUUGAAGCACACUCAUGAAAAGAAUGAGGCGGAACUCGCCAAGGGGCUCACUAAAGUCCAGGCGAGGAACAACUGUCAGGUGUACCGGUGGAAAAAUCUCACCAAAGUGUAUGCGGAGUAUCUCUCCCUCAUAUUCUCCUUGGAAGCCAUAGAGACGAAGGAGAAAGAAUUACAGCCGGUGCUGAUGAAACUGUUCUGUCUCUAUGGGCUAUGGUGCCUCGAUGAUAGCUUGGUGGAGUUGUACCAGGGGGGAUACUCCAAGGGGGAGGAAAUGGCGAGAUUAAUCAGGGACGCUGUGUUGGAGCUUUGUUCGGAAGUGAAAGGAGACAUCGUUAGUGUAGUUGACUCGCUUGCGCCGCCGGACUUCGUUCUCAACUCCGCUUUGGGAAAAAGUGAUGGAAAAUUGUACCAGAAUCUCCAGAAAGCAUUCUUCAGUCAGCCCGGUGUCUUCGAGCGAACGCCGUGGUGGCGGGACGUCGUACCUUCCUCUAAACUGUAAGAAUAAUGUAUAUAAGUAUAUCUAGAACCAUAGAUUUUGGACACAAAAAUAAUAUUUUGUAUAGAGAAAAAAAACUAUUUCCCCCUGUAUCUUAAAUACUAGAUAGAAAAAUUGAUUUCGUUUAUUUUUAUAUAAUAUUUAUACUUUACCGAAGGUAUGUUAUUUUUUAUAUUUGAUUAUUUUUAUUACCUCGAAGUUUUUUUUUUGUAUGACUUUUUUUAAAACAUUUGAGAAUCUUUCAUGUACAUAAUUCCCCAGCGCAGAGAAAGAAAGGCAUAGGCCCUAAAAACCUUCUAUUGGAAAAUGAAUUUUAAAAUAAAGUUAAUAAGUUUCCCAAAAUUAUCGUUUUGGCGGCUUAGCCUCUUACUUUCCCGUGUCGAUAUGAUGCUGUGGCGUAGUACUUUGGACGUACUUUUUAACACAUUCUAAUAACAUAUCAUGUAGAAAUUUUAUGAUAUGUCUAGCUUGUGUAAGUCUUAUUUUUAUUGAAUAUCUCAUAAACUAUUUUAAAAUUUUGGCUGUUUUUGUUAUGUUAUAGUUUUUGAUGAUAAUUGUAAGAAGAAACAAAAUCUACUUUAUUAAAGGCCAAAGUUGUAAAGUAAUAAUGAAAUUUGUGUCAUGUAAGUUGUCAAUGCGUAUUUUAAGUGUUAUCCCAUGAACUCGCUGCGAUUAUUUUUAUUUCUUAAGUUUACUGGUUUAAGCCUAUCAAAACAGUUGAUCAUGACAAUGAAACCAACGCAUACAGCCAUUACUAUAUUUUGUGUUGCCAUGUAAUAUAGAAGAAGUUCUAGCGUAACCAUGGAAAUAUUUACAAAUAUAUUUGGUAAUCGCGUCGAAAAUUAAAGUAUUUAAAAAAAUCUUAAAUAUAUACACAAACAUUAAAGAUAUGUAUUUUUUAUUACUUACGAUCGUCGUCACAAAUAACAUAAUUAUGUUAAACAAUACAUAUUAGCCAUAAAUUACAUCACAUAUUAAAGUGGACUAUGAUCCACCAAGUGUAUGGUGUAUUUGAUAAGAUGAUUGCAAGCUGUGACAUUGAAAAAUAAAGUUGCCAAAUACUAGAAAAUAAAUACGAAGUCUUCCCUAAAAAUUUCAAUAAAUAAACUAAACCGGAACACUUAAUAAUAUUCUAUUAAAUUAAUAAUUGAUUAAAAUUGUUAUGUCACAGGAAUGUCAUUAAUUUAAUUUUAACUAAUUGUGAUAGAGGUGUGGUGUAGAGUCUUUUGUAUAUGUCUGUGUGUGAUGUUAUUUAUGGCUGGUCUGUUUGAGUGAGAUUUAAAUAUAUCUCAUUAAUCGAAUAUCAACUAAUAGGUUUCAUUAUAUUCAUAAAACAUUCAAAUGUUACCGUUCUAGAGUAUUAAGUUAAAUUUAUGGCGUUUAAAUGUAUCAGAGAUAGUGAAUUACAUUAACUAGCAUUGAAAUAUUUUUGUUUAAGUAAUAAGAAUAUCUCUUGUUCUAUUUUUAAUCUAUAACUUUAGUAUUGUAAGGCUGUGGUAGGACCUGCUAGAUUUUCUAUACAAUCUCUACAAGUUUCGUUGUUUAGUUCCUUACGUACAAACAUUGUAAAGGAAUGGACAAACACCAUAGACAAGUUUAAUAUAUGAUGUAAAAGAAUAUAUGUUUUUUCAAAGUACAGUGGAUUUCGGGUAUAACGACGAUGAAGGGACCACUGUUAUUUCGUCGAUACAUCCGGAUGUCGUUACAGGCAAAGGCAAAAAGAUACAGACACACACAUAGUUAUUUAUUGAUACAUUUAAAAAAUUGUGUAAUAUUACUUUGCUUCAAUUCAUUUUUCUGUGCUAGCACACAUAGCUGUAGGGUGUAUUCUAUUUUCAUUACGCCUUCAAUGUCUAUAGUAUCCUUUCCAUCACCAAAUAGACAAUAUCUUUUGAGCCUUGUCACAGCACAUAACACAUCCUCAGUUGUAAGAAUCUCACCUUCCUUGCCAUCUUCUUCUUCCUCCUCAUUUUCCUCAUCUUGCGUCGUAGGUGAUGUAACAACAGUUUCAACAAUUUCAUUAUCAGUCAAAUUGCUAGUGGUGAUAAGCUGACUGUCAAUAUUGACAUAUGUUUCCCAAUCCGCAACACUGGUUCCGCUUGACGAUGUUGUCAGCUGUACCAAUGGUAUCGUAUCGUAUGUAUGGUAUCAUCGUUAGAAUCGUCGUCAAUUGUUGUGAUAACCGAAGAUUUACAGAACCCAGCGUGUAGAAAACACUUUUUGGUCGUAUCAGGAGUCACUCGAGCCCAUGCCGUAGUUAUCAUCUCAGUAGCAUCUAAAAGAUUCACGGAAAAUGAGCCUGCCGCAUUUUCAAUGUCGUUCAUCAUUUUCUGUACUUUGAGGGUUUUAAUUAUCCCUUAUCAAUAGGUUGAAUCACCGAUGUUGUGUUUGGUGGUAAAAAUGCCAGUUUUAUGUUGGUCAAAUUUUCGAUUUUAGGAUGAGCUGGGCAAUUGUCAAUAAAUAAAAUGAACUUCUUUUUUUUAUUUCUUAACUGGUAGUCCCAUUUUCGUAGAACGUUUUCGAAAAUAUCUGAAGUCAUCCAGGUCUUUUUAUUUGGUUGGUCGUCAACUGGUAAAGAUUUAACAUUUUUGAAACACCUGGGUUUUUUUGCCUUGCCUAUGACUAAUAAUUUUCUUUUUUCCCCUGCCAUGCUUGAUGCAACAAGCACGGUAAUUCUAUCUUUUGAUAAUUUUCCACCUACGCACUUUUCUCCUUUAAAUUUCAAUGUUCUUUCAGGCGUUAGCUUAAAAAACAAACCUGUCUCGUCUGCGUUCCAUAUUUGGCUAUUAUAUAUAAUUACCGAGCUAAUAUCUAUAAACAAAAGAUAAGAAAGCUCUUUCGUGACUUUGGCGGCCGACUGCGGUCGCAACAUCUGCAUGGGAUUUCCAAGAAUUUAUUACAAACUAUUCAAUAAAAACAGUCGCUACGCCCGAACUUGACGUUACAUCCAAAGUCGCUAUAGCCAUAUGUUUGUACAUACUAUAGUAUGCUUUAAUUCUAGGGACUUAGAUUUAACGUCACUAUAGACGAAUGGUCGCUGUAACCAAGGUCGUAAUAAAUGAAAUCCACUGUAUAUAAGAAUCUAUAUUUUUAAACAACAAUUAAAUUUUGUGGUGCAAUUAAAUUUAAAAACUAGAAGAGAAGUACUUUUAAAAAAAAGUUUAUUAUAAAUCAUUAAUAUAUAACCAGGAUAGCAUUUUGAUUACGAGUGGAUUUUAAGUAAUACUUUUUGGUUAUUUAAAUUCAACCAAAGGCCACUUUUUCAAGUGAUAAACGAUGUUCCAAUAUAUCCCGUGAUCGGUGAACAGAGUGGUCUCUCAUAUUUUUUCCUUAACAAGAGACUUGAACAGUUACUACAGAACAGAAUAUUUACAUUUUUUUUUAAUAAAUUAACUAUUCAAAGAAUAUUAAAGUUACUAAAUAGUUUAUUUUGUAUUACUUUUAAACUGAUACUAUGUGGAUAUCAAACCGAUUUCAUGUCUCAUGUAAUGUUCAGUGCAUUUAAAAUAUUUUUAAUAGAAUAAAAUUAAAAGUGAGUGUAAUGGAUUUAAGUUGUACAUGGAAUUGUAUGACGAAACCGCUACAUACAAUCGCCUUUUAACUUCAUACAGACAGGGUACAAAACAAUAUUAUUGAAUAUUUACAAAUGUGGUAUUUAUUCGCAUCGCGUUUUUUAUUGCAUGUUUUUUCUCACCCCCGUUAUGAGAAUUGAUGCUUGUUUUAAAAGGAAUGAAUUCUGUGCCGUGCCCAUUUCUAUAUGAUAACAUUAAACUGUUGCAAAUAAUUAUAUUAUUACUGUCGUCAAUAAGAAUUCUAUGUAGUUAUAAUAAAAAUAUUGCAAAUUAUGUUAAUAUUAAAUAGCCAAAUAUAAACAACAAAACUUAGUAGAAUUUAUUUAAGUGAUGGGUCCGGUUCAGUGCAUUUAGUGCGAGUUUCAAACAUAAGUAUUGUAUUCCUUAUACAAUUUCUUUGUUUUACAAAUAUUAUAGUUUAUGUGGAACCGGCACUAUUGGCACUGAAUAUCAUUCGAUAAAUUUAAAUUUAUAAUUUAAUUAAAAAGUUUGUGUUCAAUUAACUAUGUCUUAUGAAAUUGCUAUAAUCUAUGUUAGUUUUAUUCGGUCAAUGAAAUUUGAUAUUUGUGUUAAUUUGAAAAGUUCAAAAUGGUAGUGGACCCGUUGUUGUUAUAAUAUAUUGUUGAUUUAUUAAUAUGUCAUUUAUUAGUCGAUAAAUAAAUAUUACAUUCUUAUAGUAUAAAAUUAAAAUUUAAUCGAUUUUAAAUAUAUUUUUUAAUUCGAAUUGUAUAAAUAUAUCUAUAAGAAUAUAUUAUACAAUCUAAUCUAUACGAUUACAUAUUAUUUUAAUUUUAUAUCGUUUAUGUUUCUUUGUAGCGAUAAUCACUCGAAAGUGCCUUCCUCUGUGUAAAAUGUAGUUAUGAGUUGUUAUCAUAGAUGUAAUUAUUGUUCUAGAAGCUUUGACUUCGGAAAUAAAUGUCUUAAAUAA